AUGGCUUCAAUCCGACUCCAGGGAAUCCAAUCUCUCUUACGGGGCCAGUCACACCUCUUGCGACACCAGCAACGGCGCUGGGCGCAGGUGCACGAUGUUCGCUUUCUUGCUUCUCACCAUGACCCCAAGUAUAUCAUGGACAAGUACCGGGCGAAACUUGAUCAAAAGGCAAAACAAGAGGGUCAUGAUUCAGUCGAAUCACUCAAGGAAGCCUACAGCGACAAGAUCGAAGACCUCCGUCGCAAAGCAUCCACCAUAGCCACGCCCGAGCCAAGUGCUCCUACAAGUGCUCCUGUAAUCGAAUCGAGCAUUAAAGGAACAGCUCCUGCAUUCCAUCCUCCGCAACCACCGACACCAUCUCCCGUCGCCAAGGCUGCCCGCGAAGUUUCCGGUAGCUCCAGCCCCAUCAAGCCGUUAAGCUCAUACAUAGACGUCGACAAGUUCCGCGACCUCCCAGCCAAAGAAAUCGAGGCCCUCUGGCGUCUCCGACACGCAAACAACCCGACGUCAAUCUCCGCAGUAAUCCCGCUAGACACAUACCAACGGAUCCUGUCCGCAGCGCGCCAAAACCCACAGUUUGUCCUCCCGCUCCCCCGGCAGCUAGACGAGAACCAACUGCCCAUCGAAGACCAGAGCGCCGAGUCUCUAGCAGGACAGGCUGCUGCCGAAAUCCACUUCCUGCAGUGGGCCUUCCACCCAGCCGCUGAGGGUUCAGCUCCAACCUCUGGUGCAACAGUCAACAACCACACCUCCACCAUAAUCUUCACAAAUCUCGGCGCAUUCAAGAUGCACGGUUCCUUCGCUCAACCGCAUACUACAAUCACACAUUAUCUAGACCUUGCAGAUGAGAAGGGCUUGGUUUUGAUGCAUGGUCAGGUCAUGCCAGACCGCGGUGUGUCUACCACGGAGGCUACGUGGCUGGUUAGCUGUGUGCAAAGAUUCUAUGACUUUGAUGGUCAGGCUACUGGCCGGAAGAGUGAGCUCGUCCGUAUGUUUACCCGGGGCGAUACGGAGAACUUCAAGGUUGAGGAGCUGUUGGAGGAGAGUGAGAGAAUCCAGUAG